CUUUUUCCAGAUGAAGACGAAGCCUUUUAGUCCACGAAGAAGACAAUGUCUUCUAAGUGGUGGAACAUUUUCCUUUCUUCUUCUUUAAAUCUUUCUGAUUGCCUCUUAAAUUUUCUGGGUCCAUGGCAAGUUUGCACCUUGGAGGUGCUUCGUUGAUCAAUGAGGUCGUUUUUGGCUCCUCCUUGAUUGGUUUCAGAAGUAAACGGUUUAAACGAGCUUCAGAGAGAUGUAGGUUUUGUGUUCAACAAAUGUCAGAGAAUGAACAGAGAACUAAACACGAACUGGCUCGUUCUGCUAAAAGAAGCGAGUCUUUGAGACGUAUUUUAAAGCAAUAUGGAGUAUCUGUAGAAAACCCUGAAGAAAGUAAGACAAGUAGUAGACUUGAUGACCUAGAUUGUGAAGAGAAGCACGAUGCUGUUACUUCUUCUGUCAUAGAUGACGACUCUAAGAUGAAUACAACUGAGGAGUUGCCUGAUUUACGCCGGGUAGAGAAAUACACUGAGACUGUUGGUACUGCAGAUAAUCUUUCAGGACAAAAUCACCAAAUUCUCCCCCAUUUGAACACAGGUGUUUUGUUAACUUCUCUGCUUCCUGUUCUUGGAUUCUGCAUCAUAUGCAUAAUUGGGACGUUACACACAAUAAUCUCCAGAAAGACAUCACAAGGUCAUCAUCAUGGCUCCGAAAGGUGGAGAACCGCAUUAAUGGAUUGGAACGAGCCGCUUGCUUCUGAUGGACAUGAUUCGAUGUCUCCAGAAUACAGAGUCGCUUCAACGAAUCAGGAAGCUACCGCUACUGAUGAAAUGAAUGAAGCAUAUAGCAGAGUAGAGCUCGAGUACAAGAGAUUUCUAUUAGAAUGUGGGGUGGGUGAAUCUUAGACUCUGGUCUCCUUAAGGCUCCUACAAGUAGUUCUUGAGCAAAUCAUGGCUACUCCAGAGUCUCUAAGGACUUUUUGUUUGGUGAUUACUGGGACACUGCAUGCAUUUACCAUAUAAGACUUUGUAAUUGUGAAUAUAAAGGGUGGUUAAAUGCGAUUUGAUUUGGAUACAUCACAUUGUAUGGAGCAAAUUGGG